CGAAUGAGUCGAUGAAUUACUAGAUCCAUCGAAAGUAUGGGUGUUGUUUUUUCUUUCGUUUUCGUGUCGAAAGAGUGACGCAGAAAAUGACAACUUUUUUGGUUUGGUUCAUCCGAAAUKGGAAAAAUGGAGGAAUCGACUAGGAUUAUUAUACUCMCACCGUAUUCAUAGUUGCCGUGGAAAAAUAAGAUUCUAKUCGCAACAAAGAGGAGACGGAAACAAAAAUGAACAAAAGAAUGAUGCCAAAUCUCGGGGCCGUUGCUCUUGCUCUCGCCSUUGCUCUUGYAACGCCAACAACGCGUCUCGGAUUUGUCACCGAUGCUUUCGCACUCCUACUCCCACCGAGACUGGUGACACCAACAUCGACGUUGCCAAGUGUCCCAGSUUUUCCCUUGGGGUUGUCCUCUUCGUCGGAGACGUCUUCGCCAAAYGGCRCCGGUGCCGCGGGAUCUGAUUCCACAACCGCGGCCGAUCCGAGCAACAACCCCACGGACGUCAAUGAUCUAGUGUUCGUCCGCCCCGCUCUUCUGGUAGACAUGAACCGGGCCUCCAAGAUACUGGCGGACGGUUUUUUCAAGGGGCCGCAGACUAAUUGGAUCACCUACCAAUACGAAAAGCUCGUGACCUAUCUCAGCCUGGAGGCAAACUUUCCGAAGAAACCACACCAGCGAGCCAGGUACGAGAUCUUUGUGGCGUGCGAGAGAGGCUCGGGGACAGUCGUGGGCAUGGCCGAGAUCGAUGCGCGCGGAAUGGCAGACGAGCGAACGGCGAGGGUGUACGAGCAAUCGGGCGGGAGCGCCUACAUGUGCAAYCUCGCUGUCGACGAGCAGCGGCGGCGAAUGGGAAUCGCCACGGCCCUGGUCCGCGAGUGUGAGMGCSKCGUCCGGGAGUGGCACGAGGAAGACGAGCGAAGRAAGCRAAGGAAAAGCGACAGCGCCAUCGAGCUCAAAAGCGAUAUCAUUUACGAUACCAAAAACGAAAUCAUCAGUGACAACAUCAUUUUGUACAACAGGGCAAACAAGGAUGGAAAAAACAACAAAAUGAGCAAGAGUGUGUGUUUGAAAGUCAGGGAAGCCGACCAGGCUGCUGUCCAAAUGUACCAAAAGCUGGGCUACGCAACAAUUUYCGAGGAAAUGGACCAAAGUUCCAACAAGAGYAAAUCAAGAGGAAAUAUUUUGUUGAUGAGAAAGAAACUGUAGUCGGUCGAAUCGGUCUGGUCGAUCUGUAGAAACACCARAAGAGAUGCUGCUGCCUACACCGAUAAAGAUUUUUCGUCGGGCGCUACAAUGGAUGCUUUAUGUAGGUUGAGUGGAAUAAUUGCCGAAUGAAUCAACCAUACAURCGCGUUCUGCUAAACAACACCGAACAAAUMUACACGCUCGAC